CCUGUGUAGUCCGAGUUAACAGAGCAGGAAGAAAUAACCUACAACCGGGAGGAGCCGAUGUCGAGGAUUCCACUCAAGACCAUGGUUAACUGGAAGCAGUUCUGGCCUCAGAUCAACAUGCCCUCCAUGUUUGAACGCAUUAGCAAAAAUUUGAUCAAAGAGAUUGGAAGCAAAGACUUGACACCUGUCAAAUACCUACUGAGUGCCACCAAAUUACGUCAGUUUGUUAUAUUACGAAAGAAGGAUUCUCGUUCAUCUAUUUGGGGACAAUCUGACUAUGUUCCAGUUGGAUUCUCCCUCAAUGAUAUCCUGGAGCCAAGUUCUUCAGUCCCAGAAACUGUUGUGACAGGACCGUUCCACUUCAGUGACAUUAUGAUCCAGAAGCAUAAGGCUGAUGUGAGUGUGAAUGUUGGUGUAGAAGUGAGUGUGUCAGGGGAGGCCUCUGUGGACCAUGGAUGCUCCCUUGAGUUUCAAAUUGUUACCAUCCCAUCUCCAAACCUGGAAGACUUUCAAAAAAGGAAACUGUUGGAUCCAGAGCCAUCAUUUCUGAAGGAGUGCCGGAGGAGAGGGGACAACCUGUACGUGGUGACAGAAGCUGUUGAACUGAUCAACAAUACUGUGCUGUACAAUAGCAGUGAUGUGAAUAUUUCAGGGAAAAUUUCUCUUUGGAUUACAUAUGGCAAGGGUCAAGGCCAAGGAGACAGUCUCAGAGUGAAGAAGAAGGCGCUGACUCUGCAAAAGGGCAUGGUGAUGGCUUAUAAGAGAAAACAGCUGGUUAUCAAGGAGAAAGCCAUUCUCAUCUCAGAUGAUGAUGAACAGAGAACCUUUCAAGAUGAGUACAAAAUUUCCCAGAGGCUAGUCUCCUGUGCUGCGAGGAGUGAGGAGUGGCUACCAUCAUUUCAUACUAUCUCUCCAACCCUCUUCAAUGCCUCGCCCAAAGAUAUGACGUUAAAACCAGAGCUAUUUCUGAAACCGAAAUUUUUGAGAGGGCAUUUGCCAAAAUACGAACAAGUUUGCAUUCUCCCAGUAGGUGAAUGUGAGCUUGCUGGAGGUGGUGGUGGGGAUCCCAUCCUGCACACAUGGGGAAGAAUAGAGGAACCCUUCUGGCAAAAUUUCAAGCAUCUACAAGAGGAGGUUUUCCAGAAAAUAAAGACACUGGCUCAGCUCUCAAAGGAUGUUCAGGAUGUCGUGUUCUAUAGUAUCCUGGCCAUGCUUGGAGACAGAGGGGCUCUACAGGACCUGAUGGACAUGCUGGAAUUGGACAGCUCAGGUCAUUUGGAUGGCCCUGGUGGUGCCAUCCUAAAGAAACUUCAACAGGAUUCAAACUGUGCAUGGUUUAACCCAAAGGAUCCCAUUCUUUAUCUCCUUGAAGCCAUAAUGGUGCUGAGUGACAUCCAACACGAUUUGCUGGCCUGUUCUGUGGAGAUGAGGAUCCUGCUUCAGCAACAGGAGCUGGUAAGGAGCAUCCUGGAGCCGAACUUCAGAUACCCCUGGAGCAUUCCCUUCACCCUCAAACCCGAGCUCCUUGCCCCACUCCAGAGUGAGGGUUUGGCCAUCACCUAUGGCCUGCUGGAGGAGUGUGGCCUGAGGAUGGAGCUGGAUAGCCCCAGGUCAACCUGGGAUCUAGAAGCAAAGAUGCCCCUGUCUGCCCUCUAUGGGACUCUCUCAUUGCUACAGCAGCUGGCUGAGGCCUAGGCCCUCCCUGAUGGGCAGUCAGUCCAGAGAUACUGGCCCUUGCCCAGUCUAUGCUGUGAGUGUCCUUAUGGGUGCAAGAGACAGGGCUGUGCCUCUCUGCAUUUCCAGGUGGAGUAGAGACAGUAAUGGGUAGAGACUUUAGGAAAUGUUUUGGGGUGGUGGAAUAUUCUAUAUAUUGACAAGAGUUUAUAUAUUUGUCAAAACUCCUCAAAUAGUAUGUUAAAGAUGUAAGCAUUUCACUAUGUAUAAAUUUUACUUCAAAAUAAUAAAAACAAAUACUGACUCUA